CCGGAGUGCCCGCGGAGCGCGGCUCGGCGCUGCUCGGCUGCGCGAUGAGGACGACAAACCGACGCGUGGAUAUGGAGACCGCACGACCCUCGCCGAUCUUUUCUGCACGCGGGAUGUGACGGCGGGUCGAGACAAGACGGGGGGGAAACGAACUAUUUGCGCGUCUUUUCCACCCGUGGAGUGGGAGGUUGCCACUUUUGGAUUCCCAGCGUGGAGCAGCUUGUUUCAUUGAUCAACGAGGUCCAAAGUGCGCACACGUUCUGGAGCUGUGUGACAUUUGGGGUAUUUUUCCACCAGUGGACAUAAACUGUCGCGCUAACAAGUGGGGAUUUUUUUUUUUUUAUCGUUUUGGAUGCACAUGAGGACAACGCAUGACGCUUGGAUUUUAAUCGCAGCGAGGUGCAGGUCUGCAUGGACCAUCUUUAAGCUCUCCUCAGAGGAACUGAGUCUAAAAUGAAUUUAUGGGAUGUGGCGGCCAUGUGUUUGUUGCUCCUGAGCUCUGUCGCUACCCGGCCCCUUUACCAAAACACCCAGCCAGCCAAGAGGACCUUGUUCUACUCUGAUUCACUACACCAGUCCGCUGAGGACCAGGGGGCCAACUUGAUGAUGCGCAGUGCUGAGAGCAACCUGCAGGAGAUCUCCAAGGAGGAUCAAUAUGAUGUAACGAGUCCUUAUUCAGAGCAGUUUGACGAUGUCAUGGACUUCAUUAAGGCAACUAUCGGCAGAUUGCGACGAUCCUCCGAGUCCCGGGGCCCGAGGGAGCGGGAGCAAAGACAGAGGGGGGCGGCAAACACACGAGGCGAGAGGAAACGAGGCCGGAGCAGAGGCGGUGGGACCAGAGGCAAAGCGGGGCGAGGCGAACGGGGUAGGGGGAGGACAUCGGCCCGUCCCGGCCGAGGCUGCCUCCUAAAGGAGGUCCACCUCAACGUGACGGACUUGGGUCUGGGCUACCAGACCAAAGAGGAGCUGAUCUUCCGCUACUGCAGCGGACCCUGCGCCGAAGCCGAGACCAACUACGACAAGAUCCUCAGUAACCUCAGCCACGGCAACAAGCUGGACAGGGACGUGCCCUCUCGCACCUGUUGCCGGCCGGUCGCCUUCGACGACGACUUGUCCUUCUUGGACGAUAACGUGGUCUACCACACGCUUAAGAAACACUCGGCCAAGAGGUGCGCUUGUGUGUAAGACACGUUCAACGAUGGAGCUAACAAAGAAAAUACUGUUACAUUUCCUCAUUUUUCUGUUUUUCUAAAAAAAAAAAGUUUCUUUCAUCUGGAAAGCCUCCCAGGAUUAACCCUUUCUUUCUUUGUUUGGUGAGGACUCUUUCGGACUCAACAGGAUUCAGCAGACUCCACACACCAUCAUAUGAAUAUUUAGACGUACUGUAUAUAAAUCUCUCUCUAAAUAUACAGUAUCUAUAAAUGUAUGUAUACGCUUGUGUGUAAGAGGUAUAUUUAUUAAGAUGGAAUUAACUUAUUGUUAUUUAUUUCACUUAGGACACAAGAUGUUGUCUUUAUUUAUUGAGACGCUUGGUUUGGACGCUGUCAUGAUGUUCAUGUACAUUCUGGAAGCUUCCUCCUUUCAAACUCCCCCCGAAAACAAGUUACAUUUAGAUGAGACUAGCCAUGAAUUUGUCAUAUUUUUACCCCCGUUGCUGCUUCUCGUCAAAAAUCAACCCGCAAAUGUUCCCAUCCUCUGAGGGUAGUAUCAGAAAUGACCACUAAUUUGCAGACUUAUCCGAGGAUUGUUCUAUCUUUUACCAGUUUGACGGAAAUUCUGCAAGAAAGGGGAGAAAGACUCGGGACCAAAAGACAGAUGGUCAGAAAUGGUUUUUGUUUGUUUUGUUUUUUACUUUUUGUUUGUCUUUACUUUGGAUGCAAGACUGAUGAUUUGGCACGUGACCAAGUGGAAACAUCUCGAACUGUGGAGUCAAAAUUCCUUUUCACACAUCAAAUCAUUUUUUUUUUCCGUGUCCUGUCUUCUUUUACGUCUCUGAUGUACCAAUUUUGCAGAAAGUGGCUAGAGACUCGGGACCAAAAGAAGCCAAUGGCAAUCUUUUUUUUUUUUUUUUUGUCUUCACAGUCCUGUCCACUGGUUGCAUGUUUACAAGGAGUCGUAAAAAAAACA